AUGUUGUGUGCACUAAUACGUGCUCCAGACUGGAAUGUGCGUGAUCCUGACGAUGUGUGUGGAAUAUGCCAAAACUAUUUUGAUGGUGUCUGUGGCGCAUGCCGUGAUCCUGGCGAUGCGUGUCCUUUAGCUAUUGGCCAAUGCACACAUGAAUUCCAUCUACAUUGCAUUACCAAGUGGCUUUCAGAGAAGCAUGAGCCAUUAUGUCCAUUAUGCAAAAGACCUUGGGUUCAAAUCGGCCCUACUUCAGAGGCACCUAUUGCGAAGAGUCCAUAG